AUGGAUGAACCAGAGAGUUUGGACUCGGAUAUGCCUGAGCUACAGGAAUGUUCUUAUGACGCACUGGAAGCUCUCAGCCAAGACGAUGAAGAAGAGGUGGAAGAACUUGAAAACAGUUUGCGAGAAGUUAUCCAGGACCAUUCAGUGAAGCCCAAACUGCAGUGCCUCAUGGUGGAUCCAUCGUUCUCAAUGGUGACCGUGCAGAGUGAAGACAGUGGCAUCGUGUGGGAGACAGCCUCCAGCCGCUGCUCCACGCCCUGGGCAUCUGAGACCAGCUCUGUGUCAGAGGGGGGCAGCAUGGAAGCCUCUGGAGCAGCAGGCAACAUCACCAUUAUAUUUGAUGAGGAUAAAGUUGUGCGCCGGAGGACCAGGUCUGGGAGGAGCAGCAGGCUCAGUGACCGCUUCAGCAGGCCGGGCAGUUCUCGAUCUGCUUCGGCCCUCGGGGUGGAGAGAUUGGAGAUGAUGGAGGUUUCUCAGCCCAAUGUUAAACAGGAUAAAACUGAAAAUGAACCAGACCUAGAGGAGAUAAAGAACAAAGACCAGGAGCUUUUCAAUUUGAUUGCUGAAGGUUAUGAGAUUCUCAACAUUAGAGUACCAUUCAAACUACCCACUGUCGAUGAGGAGAGUACAGAGCUGCAGGACAACCUGUCCUAUCUGGAUCAGACCCCAAAGAUCAAAUCCAGAAACCACCACCACCAACAGUUGACUCGUGCGGAGGAAGGAGACCUGCAGGAUGUGGAGCCGCUAAACAAGGAAUCAAAAGAAGCUGUACCAAAUCUUCCAUCAACCCCAGACUUCAAACCUGCUCCGACAGAGGGCCCUGGUGACAUCGACUACUUUGAGAAAUUUACCUUGUUGGAUGUUGUGGCUCCAGGUGAAGAAGCAUCAGGAGAAGUGGACGAAUGUGUAACACCUGUCCCGACUCCAGAACCAGAGACCAAAGACCCGGUCAAAAACCGCAGCCCCUCUGUCUCUGAAGAAUCAUUUGUCUUUGUGUCGAAUGAGGACAUUGUCGGAGAGCAUCUAGAUGAAGUGUUUUAUGGAGAGAGCCCACCUGCGGAUGCGGUGCACAAACAGGACGCGGAGGAUAAAGGUGGAAGGAUGCGGCGUCAAAGCUCUGUCAAAGAAAGUGGCUCUGUGUUAUUUGAAAGUGAAGAGACUGUUCUGACUCCCAUCUACAUCUCAUCUGGUCCUCCAAAAAUCAUCGACCAAAUACUACUGGACGAACCCACUGCCAUGUCAUUUAUGUACACAGACCUUUACGAAGAUGCUAUGGGCGAGAAGCGGAGGAGCGAUGAGGAAUGCUCUGAGGCAGAAAGCGUCACAUCUGAAAAAUCUUACAAAAGGUGUUUGAUGGAUGAUUAUGAGGAAGCAGACGGCGGCUACCUGGAGAAGUUUACCUUGAAAGAUGAGACGGCUUAUGUGGAGGUUUCAUCUGAAGUUGUGGAAGAGCGUAAAGGGGGACGGAUGAUGUGGUUGCAAAACGAGUUUGAGAUGAGUGGGUGCUUGACACGAGUAGCUAAGGAGGAAGAUGAAGAUGUCAGCAUGCAAGAAGACAGUGAAAAACAGGCCCCUUCUGAUGUCACCAUGGAGUACGAAAUCAUAACUGAACAAGACGUCACAGAGAUUGAGCAAAUGCACGAGGAAAAAGCUCCGUUGGUGACGGAUGAACUCUUGGAGGAUGUGAUGGAGGAGCCUGCAGGAUCUGAGGAGGUGGCAGAGGUGGACUAUGACACCAUUGAUGCGGAGGAGGAGCAGCAGGCCCGGAUGGCGGCGGAGCUGGAGGGAUUGGACUGGUUCUGUCUCAGCUGUGAGUGUCUGUUGUCGGAAGAGGAGAGCAGCUCUGAGCCGCAUCAGGACCACAAGGUCAUCGCAGUGGACAGAGCCUACGGGGAGAUCAUGGACAAGUUGAGUGAUUGGAUUUCAGAGCUGCAGGGGCGAUCUGAGAACAUUGAGGACCUGGUGUCUGAGCUAGAGUUGGCCUACAACUCAGUCGAGGACCAAUUCCAUGAGAAUGAGGUGGACAUGCAGGCUCAGAAGGAGGAGAUGAUGACCCUGGUGAUGGAGCAGUACAACAGCAUGUCUGUGAGUAUGGAGGAGGAGAAGAAGGCCAAGCUGGAGCAGCUCUACGAUCAAAUAGUAUCGCUUCAGGAGAGCAUUGAAACUGCCAAGGGCACCUUGGAAACCACGGCCAGAGAGGCUGAGACAGAUGCACGGUCACCUGAAGACAUUCAUGGAAGGCUGACAGCAGCUCUGGACUCCACCAUGUCUCUUGAGCUUGGGCCCAAGGGACUGCUUGUUUUUGAAGACUAUGCAAAGGGAAACCCUUCUAGCUCCCAGUUAGCUCAGCGUAAGGGAAUAGCAGUGCCUCAGAGGCCGACUCUUCAGGCCCAGGAACCAGGUUCAGCCACAAGCUCCAGUGUCACUGUUUACUGGAAGGUCAACGCUGACGAUAUCAUCGACUGCUUUCAGGUGUACUGUAUGGAAGACCCUCUGGGAGCUGUCUCAGAAGAAUACAGAGUGACCGUUAAGGAAAGUUACUGUGUCUUGGAGGAACUGGAGCCUGAUAAGACGUACAAGGUGUGGGUGAUGGCUGUUAACUACACAGGCUGCUCUCUGCCCAGUGUGCGGCUUGUCUUUAAAACAGCUCCAUCAGUGCCUGUGAUAGACAUUGAGAGGUGUACGGUCAUGUGGAACACAGCUGUUCUGAGGUGGAGCUCACUGGGAGAGACUGGACUGUCCUACACACUGGAGCACUGUCGCCAGUAUGAACUGGAGGGAGAAGGCCUUAGAACCAUCGCUGGUAUCAAAAACCUUGAAUAUAAAGUCCUUCUUCAACCAAACGAAAAUUAUCUCUUCUACAUAAAAGCUGUGAAUGAGGCAGGUUCCAGUGAGCAGAGUGAAGCUGCGCUCAUUUCUACUAAAGGAAUGAAGUUUCACCUGCUAAAAGAAACAGCUCAUCCUGCUCUGGAGCUGUCUGUGGAUGAGACCACCCUGCAUUACUCUCAGGAAACAUACGAUAACAUGCCUGAUAAGACCUGUCCCUUCAUCCUGGGCGAGCUGCUGCCAAUGAGAGGAAACUUUUACUGGGAGUAUGAUGUUUCAAGAUGCACGGACUACAGACUGGGUGUGGCUUACAGCUCUGCCGCUAGUGACAGUGUUCUAGGGGAGGGCCAGGGGUCCUGGUGCUUACAGUGCACUCCCACACUCUCUGGUUGCAGUUAUCGCUUGCUGCACAAUGAUGUCCACUCCAGUCUGUUUGUGAUCGACUCGCCUGAACGUGUGGGUGUAUUCUUGGACCACCAGUUUGGCCGCUUGUCUUUCUACAACGCUCAGAGCGGUCAGCUGUUGGGGUCCUUCAGCGAGCGCUUGACCCAGCCCUGUCACCCUGCGCUGGGCAUGGACUCUCCAGGCAGUGUGGAGGUGUGCAUGGUGACGGAGGUGCCAGACUUCACUAAGGACAGUUAG